AUGCCCACUCCACCGCCGUCAGACUCGGCUCAAGAAACACCUAGAAAUAAUAGAAGGCGAUCCCCAAAUCGGCCUCGACAGGACGAUCCCUGGGAAGACAACACGAGCUAUGACAGCCCUCUCAACGACAACCAGACACCUACCGGUCCUGCAAGAACACUUCGGAUGACGAUCCCGACCCGGCCCUUUUUGAAACCUCCCUCUUUACCUCCUCCUGUCAAACGCUCCACGCUGGAGCUCCUCCAGAAGCCUGUGAACUUCGUCCCCACUAUACGAUCGCAUUUCCGAGACAACAUGCAGGAGACAUACAACAGCAUAUCCGACAUCGCAGACGGUGAAAAGUUCAUUCCCAAUGCAGCCCAAAAAGAAUUAGAAGUCAGUGAUGAAGAAAUCCGGUCGAGAUAUUUGUUGGAUCACCCUGACAACGAAACUCUGUCCUACAUGGAGGAACAUGCUGCUCUUGUCAAGAUUAAGGAAGCUGCGGUUUCUCACGUUCAUGGGCCGCUGUUGGAGCUUGCUUUCAAGCGGUUUGAGUCGGUGAAUCGCGAGAUUCUGACACACGCGAGGAUCAGCCCGCCCUUUAUCCCGGAGAUGCGAACGGAUUCAUUAUACGAUAUAAUGAGGUAUAAGAUGAUCGUUCGGGGGACUACAGUGCGACCCUCGGCAUCUACGGCUCAACAUAUCAGCCAGGUGAUAGACGCUCUACCGCACGAAAAACGAUCUAUCAACCAGACGCCAUAUGGGCCCGUCGGGAACGAUCCGAUUGCAGUACCCAUGGAGACAAAGAUCGCAAGUGGGCUUAUCGAGGAGGCCAGGAUUCAACUUGCAUUGUGGGUGGCGACGUGUCAUAAGCGAAUGGGUGCGCUCCGAACUAGUGAAGAGCAAAUCAUUACAUCACCGAUGAUUAUGGUUAUGGAGAAUGCAUGGAAGCUCAUGUUUGCAUUUGAUCAAGGCAAUGCAAUUCAUAUCGCGGAGCAGAUAAGGAUAGGCGAGACCAGCAACUUGGUCGGGCUGUACCGCAUCGUUGGGAUACUGAGGGAGCUGGCUCUGCGGAUGGAGACUGAGUUUGUCACUUGGCUGGAACGAUGGCUUGGGGUCGGAUGA